GUUGAAGCUUUCAUGAAAGAGGUAGUGUGCGCCUGCGGUCGCAUCUAAUUUAAUAUAUUUUCGAUGAUGACGUGUACUACACAUAUGCCAAUCAAAGUUGACGACGUGUCAACUUCCAAACCACAACCACCCUUCAGUUUCCCUCCAUUUUCAUCUUUUUAACACAACUCCCCGGCGACAGCCAUGCGUCUCUCCCUUCCUAGUCCUGACGGCAUCUUCUUCGAUGGGCACCGCCGCCGCCGCCGCCGCUUCCUCUCUAAUCGAAUCCACAGCCGUCCAAUUAGGCAGAAUUAGGGUUCUUAAGGAGGGAAUCCACCAACAUCUUCAACCGUCAUCUUCGUCAUCUAAUGUCGGUCCUGUUGUAUACUGGAUGUUUAGAGAUCAGCGAUUGAGAGAUAACUGGGCGUUGAUUCAUGCCGUUGAUCAGGCCAACAGACGCAAUGUACCUGUUGCGGUUGCAUUUAAUCUGUUCGAUCAGUUCUUAGGCGCAAAAGCUCGUCAAUUAGGGUUUAUGCUACGAGGAUUACAACAACUUCAUAACGAAAUCGAACAAACUCUUCAAAUACCUUUCUUCUUAUUCCAGGGAGAAGCAGUAGAGACGAUUCCAAGCUUUCUAGAAGAAUGUGGAGCAUCGCUUUUGGUUACAGAUUUUUCACCUCUGAGACAAGUUCGUCGCUGGAAAGAAGAAAUUAGCAAGAGAGUAUCUGAUUCUGUAUCGAUUCAUGAAGUUGAUGCACACAACAUAGUACCUCUAUGGAUAGCAUCAAAUAAGUUAGAGUACGGCGCUAGAACCAUAAGACGAAAGAUCAACAACUUGCUUCCUGACUAUCUGAUCGAUUUUCCACCAUUAAAGUCUCAGAAUACAAACUGGAGUUGUUCUGGAAACAGUUCCAUCGAUUGGGAGACACUUAUUGCAGAUGUAGUAAAGAAAGGAGAUGAAGUUCCUGAGAUUGAUUGGUGCAAACCAGGAGAAGCUUCUGCGUUAAAGACAUUGAUGGGGAACGAAAAAGGUUUCUUAACAAGCAGAUUGAAGAACUACUCCAAAGAUCGAAACAAUCCAUUGAAACCCGAAGGACUUUCUGGUCUUUCUCCUUUCCUCCAUUUUGGUCAGAUUUCAGCUCAGCGUUGUGCUCUUGAGGCACGUAAAGUACGCAAAGUUAAUCCACAGUCAGUUGAUGCGUUCUUGGAGGAAUUGAUUGUGCGAAGGGAGUUAUCAGAUAAUUUCUGCUAUUAUCAGCCUCAAUACGACUCUUUACAGGGUGCAUGGGAUUGGGCUCGUAACUCACUCAUGGAGCAUGCUUUAGACAAACGUGAACAUUUGUACACGAGGGAGGAGCUAGAGAAAGCACAAACUACAGAUCCACUUUGGAAUGCUUCUCAGUUGGAGAUGGUUCAUUAUGGGAAGAUGCAUGGUUUUAUGAGAAUGUAUUGGGCAAAGAAGAUACUUGAAUGGACUAGUAGCCCACAAGAAGCUCUAGAAAUAUCGAUUUAUUUGAAUGACAAGUAUCAUAUUGAUGGGAGAGAUCCAAAUGGAUAUGUUGGUUGUAUGUGGUCGAUUUGUGGGGUACACGACCAGGGUUGGCAAGAGCGACCUGUUUUUGGGAAGAUAAGAUACAUGAACUAUGCGGGUUGCAAGAGGAAAUUCAACGUUGAUGGAUACAUUGCAUAUGUGAAGAGAUUAGUAGGAAAUAUCAAGAAACGAAAAGGAGAAAAUUUGUUAAAUAACAAAGCAAAACAACUCGUGAGUUGAUUCUAAUGUUUAAUAUGAGUAGACACUUAAAUUACUUUAAGAUUCAGUUUGGUUUUUAUGCCGAUGAAUACAAGAGUUUUUUACAGAAUGGUGAAAAAUUAAAAUAAUGGAAAAAAUAAUCAAAAGUGAAGACGACCUGUUUGUUUAUUUAUACAGUCUUUAAAUUUCAAGAUCAUCUAUGGCAAUCUCCUCCUCGGUUGGAGGUGGAUCUGGAGUCAGCGCUUUCACUUUCUGCAAAAUCAAAAUCAAAAAUAGGUUCUUCAACAAUGAAAAUGAAUUUAAAUUUAAAAAGGAGUAAAUGUCAUCAAAGGGGAAAAGUCAUUUACACGUGAAGAUGAAUGACAAGUCGAGAAUAGAAAACCAUGUGAUUCACUAAUCAGGUUCAGUGUUGGUGAUUUUUUAUCACUAAUGUUAUUUAAGUAUAAUGAGAUUAAUUUGUUGAUCAAUGUCACUUUUGACAAUUAUUGAACAAAUCAGUAUGGUGUGGAGUGCACGUUUGUUUAAUUUUGUCUCUGUUGAAAGUAUACUUACUGCUAUUUAGGGGCGAAACCCCUAAACGAACAGGGGUCCGGGGGCAGCGCCCCUGGGAGCGGGGUCCA